AUGUCUGCUAUAACCAUAAUGAUACAGCAUUGUGAGCUCAAACACAGGGCUAACUUCUUCCUUGUAGGGCAAUGAGAUGCUGUGAUUUACCCUCAAAAGGCUAAAAAGACACAAAAAUUUAGAACUGACAUCUCUACAGACACUGAAUAUCCUAAAUGGAGCAAAAAUGUGUUCAAAUUUGCGAACAUCUCUCUCGGAAACAGAGUCCUGCUCAAGUUCGGUUGCUUCAGAGCAAAAGAGAGUGUAGACAUGACUAGACCUGAGAAAGCCACUGAAAACUGUACCUUAUAUGGCUCAGCAUCUAAGCUCUUGACACAGUCUUUCAUUACCAAAAUGAGAAGGGACAAGGUCAUUGAGGAGACCAUGAUCCUCUUAGACCCGGACAACAAUCUCGAGAUCGGCAGGGUCUCCCUUGUCUGGAAACUUACUGUUGAAGAACUUGAGGAUAGAAUCUAUGAAGAUGUCAGAGAGAUUGAAAAAGUGUACUAUGACCAAUUCACCUCUGAUGAAGGUGAGAUUCAUACAAAACUUGAUAAAAUCGAGAAAAUAGCUGCUAAAAAGCAGAAAGAUCUUGAUGAAGUCAUGGGAGAACAAGAUAAACGUAUUGAAGCCAUGAGAAGCCUCGCUAUUGACCUUGCCAUGUUGAGAAAAAGCAAAGAAGAAAUGGAGGACACAAACAAAAAGCUGUUACACGAAUUAAAUACCAGGCAAAAUGUUGACGAUGUCCAUAUCCAGAUAGAUGUGCUGUCCACAACUCCACAAGGAGUAGCUCAACUUAAAGAGAAAUAUGCCAAACUGAUCGCCAAAUUUUACAUCGAAAGGAACAGACAUGAAGACCUUGAAGAGGACUACCAGAAGCUUAAACCUCAACUUAAGGAAUUAGAGAAGACAAAGAAGGGCAUUUACGAGCUAGAAAAUGCAAUUCAAGAGCAGAAAUUUCAUGGAGAUAGGUAUAAUGACAAGCUUGCAAGAAUUAAGGCUAGCAAGGAGACUAUCCAGUCACAAGAAAAACUGAUACAGAACUUGACUGAAUCAAUCAAAGAGGGAUCCAAAAGUGGACCUAAGAUGACCUCAGAGCUCGAAAUGUACCUCCAAGAUCUUGGCUAUAAGCGUACCAGAUUAUUAGAGAAGCACAAGCAGUUACAGUUGAUGAUCGAGCUAAAUGACGGUAAAUUACCCAGAGAUUAUCUCGAGAAUAUUCAGAGCGAAGAACUUGAGGAUAACCCUGAAGAAGUAUCUCGUCUGAAGCGUCAGGCAGACUCCUUGAUGUCCAGAAUCCAAGAAGUGACAGGCAAACUUGAUAUGAUAAAAGAUGAUUUCCAGCUAAAUAAGAACUUCGAAGCAAUAGAAGAUUGGGAGAAUGAGAAGCCAAAUUACGAAAUCCAGAUCUUACAGUAUGAGAACAGGAAUCAGAUAUUAGAGAAGCAGCAGAAAUCAGAUACUGAGAAGCAUGCUAAAAUAGUAUCAGAUCUUAAGCACAAGAUUGCUUCUAUCCAGAACAGUAUCGAUGAGAGGUCAUAUUUGAUGCACACAAUGAAUUAAUUUGACUCUAGAUGAUAUAUUUUAAAGG